UGCGCUGAUGGGCCUGCGCCUUUGUGCGGCCCGCGCGGCCAUUGGCCGCCGAGUGUGGGAACGGCCGCGCUGCCCCGGCCCCAGGCGCCAGCCCGCCGCGCGCGCCUAUAUAGGAGCCCGCGCGCCGGGCCCGGGACGCGCCGGCCCGCCCGCCCGCCGCCCGCACGCAUGGCCCCCAGCACCGUGGCCGUGGAGCUGCUCAGCCCCAAAGAGAAAAACCGACUGCGCAAGCCCGUGGUGGAGAAGAUGCGCCGCGACCGCAUCAACAGCAGCAUCGAGCAGCUGAAGCUGCUGCUCGGACAGGAGUUCGCCCGGCGCCAGCCCAACUCCAAGCUGGAGAAGGCGGACAUCCUGGAGAUGGCCGUCAGCUACCUGAAGCACAGCAAAGCGUUCGUCGCCGCCGCGGGCCCCAAGAGUCUGCAGCAGGACUAUAGCGAGGGCUACUCGUGGUGCCUGCAGGAAGCCGUGCAGUUCCUGACGUUGCACGCGGCCAGCGACACGCACAGGAAGCUGCUCUACCACUUCCAGAGACCCCCGGUCGCGCCCGCAGCGCCGGCCGCGCCUGCCAAGGAGGCCCCGCCUGCGCCCGCGCUCACCCCGGCCAAGGCCGCGGCCGCGGCCGCCCGCCAGCCCGCCAGCGGCCUCUGGCGGCCCUGGUGACCCUCACGCCCGCCCCAGGCCGCCCGGGCCCCUGCGAGGAGGGCAGCGCCCCCAAGGCGCGCUUCAGGCUGCGGGCGGCCGGAGGGUCGUUCUCAGAGAAUGCUCCGGUCACUGGGUCACUGCGGGCCAGGAGGCGCCGGCCAGUGUCUGACCCCCAGGGGUCGUUCUGUGCUUGCAUUUCAGCAAGUGACUUCUGAGAAGUCCCCGCCUGGGCGCGGGGUGCUAUGACGUUCGUAGGAGCGGGGCGGCCCAGUGCCUGGCCCCGCCAGUAGCCGGUUUCCGGCCCGCCGGCCGCGUGCGCGGGCACAUUUGCCUUUUGUAAAGGCAGGACUGGGGUGCAUCCUCAUAGGACAGAGGCAGCUGGGGUGGGGCAGGGCGCGGGCGUCUAUGAUCCUUACAGGAUCCACGUGUGGGUGGGUGCGUGGAGCGGGCA